GGUUGAUUUUCUGGGGCGUUACUUUGAGCGACGAUGAAUGACCUUUUUUUUUUUGCUUUUGUUUCCAAUCCCCCAGAAGACAAGGGUGUGUUCUCGUGUGUGAUGUGUGUGCUCCAUUGGAGAGAGAGCAGAGUAAAGAUAGACUUGAUAUUUUCCAUUCAGAGGACCGUCACCAGCGAGAGACAAAACCAAGUAGGGGAAAUCAAGCCAGCAACCGUUUUUUUAAUUCCACCAGCGAGAGACAAAGGAAGCUCCUUUUGUUAAAACAACCUGCUUUUUUUUUGGAGUUGAUUUGAACAAACACACCAUUAGACAACAAAACCCAAGCACACAAAACUUGUUCGCCACACGUUCGGCUUUCUUGGACCACAACCCGAAAUCCGUUGACCAGACUGAUAUCGUUGCUUACUUCUUCGUCUUCGUUUCUGUCGCUCUCCUUCUCUCUCUGUUUUUUGUUAUUUUUUUUGUAAAGAAAAAAGGGAAGGACAAUUGUAAUUGAAUGGGAAGAACUCUCGAAUGGACAUCGCGCACGACAAUGACAAACUCAACACACAGUGUGAACAUGCUGCAGCAUGAAGCCUUGAGUGAUAAACCGGGGGACGAGACUGGCUCGACAGAACCCGAAACGGGACUCGUUGUUCCCAAGGGCAACAUGCGUCGUGAAGUGUCUUGUUAUUCGCUCCUUUCUGCCUAUCAAGCUGGCUCGAGUGGUGGAGAGGAGGAAGAAGACGAAAAGGACGCAGUGCUACCGCUUACUGAAUACCCUCCUCCUCGCCUGCUUCGCACGGUGAAAAACACAAACGGUUCGCGCGCUCACUUGCAAAGUCUCUAUGCGACACUGGAGGAAGUCAUGGCCGUCAAGGCCCGUCUCAAUCGAACGAGCACAAUGGCAUGGUCGGCGGACGACAUUACCUCGCGGUCCAGCAGCACAGGCAUGGCAUCCAACUCAUCCGGUAGCACCUUGUUUGAGGAUGGGGAGCAUCCCGCAGUGCCGGCCAGUAUGGACACCCUGUGGUCGGACGACACAAACGAAAAGAAAUUAAUAAGCAUAUUAAACGAUGAACGUUCCAUCGGUUGGUCUCCUGCCGUGCACCCUCGGUUGGGACCUUUACCCAAGCCGCCUCCGCGUUCACCACUCCCCGUAUCACCCACCUCAUCUCUUCCCACUCCGCCUCACAGUCCACUCUCCCGCAAUCUAUCGCCACCACCUCCACCUCCGGUUAGCCCUCCCACCGAUUCCGACCAGGAAAACUUGGUUUUUGACUCGCGUCCAAACGUUGCAAACACAAAGGCCUUGAAAACUCUUGGAAUACUCUCGUCAAAGGAAGCUGACGCGGCCAACGGAGCAGUGCAAGGCAACUCCAAGGCAUUCAAAAUGCUGGGCAUUUCUGCUGAUGAUGCCAUGAGCACUGCUGGUAGCCAGAGCGGCCCAAGUUCCCCUACUGGCUUUAGAGCACUUGCUCUUCGUCUGUCAAAGAACGAGGCACAAAAAGCGAGACGGGCCAUAUCGACGGGAACUCUCCAGUCACCCAGUGAACCAAAUGCUCUUCCCGCUCUCCAUACCAUCACCCGUCUCUUUAGUGGCCCUUUACACAAACUCUACCCUGCGGCAGUGUUCCGACCAUGGAAACGACGCCAUGGUGUUUUGGCACCGGGACGGAUUUACAUUUUCAAAUCGGACUCGAUGCACGAGCGGGCGGUAGAUUGUUUGCCUGUGCAGGUGGAUACGGAGGUGACGACGGGACUGGGGGGCGAGAUGGACAAAAAGGGCGGAUUCACCGUGCGAACUGGGUCUCGCACAUGGUUUCUGGCUGUUGAUCAUGCGGAUGUGGAAAUUGGAUUGGAAAGGUGGAUUAAAGCGAUAAAGGAUGCGGUAUUAAGGGAGAAGUUCAGUGUUGCUACAUUACCUCCACCUCCACCCCAGUAUGAGGACGUGCUGUCUGACGAAGAAGAGCAAGACCUUCCUCAACUACCAGAAAUCAGAUCCAUUGUACCUACCCCCGUACGCAUCACAUCCAUCCCCACAUCACCCACGUCCCCAUUGUCUUCAGAUUCCCAGCUGUUCCGUAGCGAUUCAGGAGUGAGUACCCUGUCAUACCACAAGAGACCUCCACCUCAUUACCGCGGAUCGAUGGGUCCACCACCACCGAUGCCGCUUCCAGAGGUACCACCCGCAUUCUACAGACUGUCUGUUCUCUCCUCGACAUCUUCACAUGCAUCGUCUGGAUCCCAGUUACCGGAGCAGAUUGAUGAAGCUAUAAAGACAUUGGAUCACCUCUUGGAAGAUGGAAUACAAGCCGCUGGACGGGGUACCUUUGGAAGGGAUGGGAAGCGAUUGCAAAGUGUUGUAGGCUAGCUUGCAAACCGACGGGUUUUGUGCUAUUAUUCCUCAUGAGACGUUUAUGGAUGUUCUGAUGUGAAUAUGAGACGACGUAACGUAUUCUAUGAAGGUAUCUAUGGUGGUCAGUCAUUCACGGGCGAGAUCCUUUUUACGGCGUAGCGCAUUGUGCUCUUUAUCUAGUCGUUUUUUUGUUGGCAUCGUCGUCAGUCUUUUGUACAAUUCUUUUUGAUUCUCUUGAUAUGCGUAGUGUUGUCCUGUUUUUGUUUCUGGUGCUUACUGACAAGAAUAGAAUAUACAAAAAGAUGCAAA